AUGCAAUAUAUAUAUGUAUAUGUAUAUAUAUAUAGAGAGAGAAAGUAUAAUGUACUUCACGCCUUAACGUACAUUAACGUACUUCGUGAAAUAUAUAACAUGCGUAAUUAUUUUUUUGACCAAAAUAACGUGCGUGAUUUUGGAUCCCAUGCGUGAUUAGGUGGUCCCAUGCGUGAUUAUGUGGUCCCAUGCGUGAUUAUAUGUUCCAUGCGUGAUUAUACCCCUGAUCCAACGGUUACCAUUGUCUCCUACGUGAAGUAUGUUAACCUUUAUCUCUCUCUCUCUCUAUAUAUAUAUAUAUAUAGAGAGAGAGAGAGAGACAGUUAACAUACAUAAUGACUAAUCGUACAUAAUGUACGCGACAAUAAUGACCGUCAGGUCAGAUCAGGGGAUUAAAAGCGUGAUUAAUUAGAUGAUAAGAAGCGGGUCUAAAGCGUAAUUACUGUAACAAAAGGUUAAAAUCGUAAAUUUACUAUGCCUAUAUACCCGGCUAAAUCUCUCACUCAAAUCAAAAACCGUAAUUAAACCCCAAAAUUGACGGUGAGGUUGAAGGCGAUUACGGGAGAACGACGACGACAGUGAACAACAAACGAGCAUCGAUUUGAAGUGAAGAUGACGAAUACGGCAUUAAGAGCUAAAGGUGCGAGAAGGAGCAAGAAACGAAACGAUCCGGUGCACACGAUACACACUAGCGGCAUAAAUCCAGUGGCGGCUGAUGAUGAUGAUGACUUUGAGCCCCCCAUUCAGCCGAUGAUAACAAACCAACCACGCAAUUUAAACGUAAAGAAAAAGCAAAAAAAAAUUACAUCUCCAAGAUGAUGAUGAUGAUUUUGAAGUACCGAUUAAAGACUUGAUAGGCAAAAGGGCCGAAAAGACAAAAAAGAGGCCAAAGACUUCAACUGACCAAAAUGAUGAUGACUUUGAGCCAGUAAAAAAGAAACCAUCGAAAGAAGACAAGCAGAUGGAACCUAGAAAGGGGAAACAGACGAUUACCGAAGCGGAACCAAUUAGGACGGAACCAAGACCGUACUAUGAAUACCAUCAUGAUGUAAUAAGCCUACGGUGUAGUCCUUCGGGUUUCUUAGAUACAGUAAAACAAUUUACAGAAGCACAGGUAGCAGAUGUGAAAAGCAUAGGAUUUGGUGAUGUGCUUGAUAUAAAAGUUAAUCAUAUAAGCACACGUCUAGGUUAUUGGCUCGUACGAAACUAUGACGAGCAAUACAGCACACUAAGCAUAGGAAAUCAUAAGAUAGAAAUCACCCGAGAUUUAGUACAUGAUGUGUUUGGUAUUCCAAAAGGGCAUGUUAUAGUACGGGAAAAAAAUAAGCCUCGGAAAGGAGCGAUAGUCGCAAAAAAUACUGCUACUCAAGGGGCCGAAACAACAAUUGAUGAGUUCAAAAACCAGUGGCCGGACACCAAACAAAAUCACUCAUACAUUAGUUGCAAAAACAAUGAAAAAACAAACAAAUGGCGGCAGAUUGUUCAAGUUAAAUUUUCUAGCCUACUGGAACACUUUGUUUGUAGAGAUAACAAAGUCAACAACGGUUAAACAAAGUUUUCUACUUGCCAUUGACAAAGAGGAAGACAUUUCAAAGCUGGAUUGGUGCUCCUUUGUUUUAGAAUCUCUCAAACGAACUAGACAAGCUUCUAUACAGCCAUUAUUUCAACUCCAGGCACAAAAUUUUUGAUGAAGUUGUCAAACUGCCCGUCAUAAAGUAUAUAACAUCGGGUAUGAUCGACGACGUGGAAGAAUAUUUAUACAACAAUGGGCCGCUGAAUGUUGAAGAUUGUGAUGAAGUUGACAAAGAUGAAGAAACGCAUGACAAUCGCCAAGAUCAACAACAUGUGACUGCCUCGGACAUCAAUAAGGAUGAUCAUCAAAAUGAAGAGACUCCAACAACGCCAUUCAAAAUCAUCAAUCAACAAACUUCAACGGUAUUCACGGACCUGUUCGCUGACAACAUCCCAUUACACGAGGCAGCUGCAGUACAAGAAAACCUCACCGCAUUCGAUACUUCAGCUCAGCCUAGGACAAAUACGGAUGACUACACAAUACCACCAGUGGAUACCACACAGAUCUACACAAGAAGAAACCUGGCUGGUGAAGAUUCGAUUGACGAAGGUUACAUACCAUCAACUACCGAUUGGUUUGAGGGCUGGAAUCCUAGUGAACAUAUUUCAGAUUUGAACCUAGAAGAAAUGGGCAUAGGGACACAAACGCAAAAAGAGCUUGACUACUGCAACACUCCGCUUCAACUAACCGGGGUGAUCUAUGAUCACGCUGCGUGGGAAGCCUCAAACAAAAAUAAGAAGCUGUUGUUGAAAACAAUGGACAAGAAUAUAAAUAAAUACAUUUCGCUCGUUACGGAAAUGAAUAAUCUCGUUAAGGACGUAAAGGAAAAGUGUUUCUGGAAUCCAGAAAUAAUGAGAAUGUGUAAAAGAUGGGAUGAUGCGGUUAAAAAUACGGUGGCGACGAGAACUGAUCAAGUAAGCUCUGGAGGUGAUGAGGCGAUUCAAAACAAAGUUGGAGAGGGUGGCGAUACAAUUGAAGAGUUAGGAGGGGAUGGAGAUGCAACCGUGGAAGAUGAAAACACAGGAAAAACAAAAAGAUGUCAUGAUGUUGAUAAUAUGACAUAUGACGAUGGGGGUAUUUCAGACUCAUGUCUGGCUGCAUUACAAACCAUCGAACCAGGUGUAUACAAGCAGACGACAGAAGUGACACAAGCAGAUGUGGUACACCAAAUGGACCAAGCUGUAAAUUUAGCAGAGUGCAGCCAGCAAAAAGCACAAAGUGGUAAAGAAAUGCCUCCGACCACAUCCGCUCCGCUGAAGAAACUGAUGAAGUGACGGAUGCAGAAAUGCAGUCGGUAAAGACUCUUUUAAAAUUGGCUCCAAUUCUACAAACACCAAAUGAAAGUGACCGCAACACUACGGUGUCUGCAAAUACAAAGAAAACGGGUGACGAGAUACAUAAACAACUAACAGAUGACGAGAGAAAUACACAACUAGUGAGAACGUGUCUCAAAAUGUUGAGGGAAAAGAACGAAAAACGAAUGGCAGAAUUAGGUGACGCAUACAAAUCACCUUACUGCAACAGGAUAACCAACUUAUACGAGCCACUUCUGGAUCGUGACCAAACGAUCAUCUGUUAUCUCUUAGCUCCGGUAGAAGAUAUUGGGACAUUGAUAUUCAAAUCUGAAAGUGGAGUCGAAACACUAAAAAUCAUUUUUGAAAGCUUUCACCCAUCGCAAUACAUAGCUUCAAGUGGAGUGGACGCGUUUGUGGAUGUGUUAAACUUUGAAGAGAAAAAAAGGGACAAAAAAUCAUCACCCUACAGGCUGUUCUUGCCAAGUACAAUAUUUCAAGACGAAAUGUUUGGGCCAAAAUACACAGACAAUGAUCGAUUGAAAGUAUUUGCACCAAUCGUAGACAAUAUACUGGUGAAGAAAGUUGACACAUUGGAUCUAAUCUGUACUACUAUCUGAUCAUUUCUGGUGCCUAUGCUUUCACUUGAAAAAUGGCGAAAUCGAGUUAAUUGAUAACUCUAGGUUUGACGAACCGUUUAGCAAACGCUACCGUGGGCGCCCCGAAAAGCUGCGAAGAGUUCUAGUACUAUACCUAAAAGGCAAGAUUCGACAAAAAGAGUGGAUAACAAACUUGGAAACAACAAGCAUAAUUCGAAAGGAAAUGGAUUGGAGAACUCUUCAAAACGGUUGCGACUGUGGUGUCUUCACUAUGAGACAUAUGGAGACAUACAAAGGAAAAUCUCCAUGGAAUCCGGGGUUUGAGAACGAAGAUAAAAUGAAGAUUCAAGAUUCUCAACUUUGAAUCUUGCGGUACCGAUAUCUUAGUAAGAUUGUAUUGUCCGACUACAAUCUUAUAAGGAAAGAAGUAUUCGACAAAGCAAAGGAAUUUACGAAGAAAGCAAGCACCGUGGAUAUUUUGCGCGAUCUAGAUAACAAAAUUAAGGACCGAUUGGAUCGUUCUUCAGCCUUAAAAAAGGGGAAACAAAAUGCUAAGUCGUAAAACUACUUUGUUGCAAAAAUCUUAGACAUGUUGGUUUUUUAAUUUUAUUUUUAAUUCUUAAA